GGGCGCGUUCGCGGCGCUGUCGAUGCACGACCCGGCGCAGGCGGGCAAGGAGCUGCGGCGCUGCGUCAAGGAGCUGGGCUUCCACGGCGCCCUGCUGAACGACGUGCAGCACACCAACCAGCGCGGCCGCUGCCUGUACUACGACCAGCCGGAGUACGACGAAUUCUGGCGCGUGGCCGUCGAGCUCGACGUGCCCAUCUACCUGCACCCGGCCGCGCCCACCAGCGACAACUACAAGGAGCACUACGAGAACCGCAAGUACCUGGUCGGCCCGCCGCAGAGCUUCUGCAACGCCGUCGGCCGCCACGUCAUGGGCCUCAUCACCAACGGCGUCUUCGACCGCUUCCCCAACCUCAAGCUGAUCCUCGGCCACCUCGGCGAGCGCAUCCCCUUCGACUUCUGGCGCGCCAACCACUGGAUCAACGACGUCGAGCGGCCCCUCGCCAAGAAGAACGGCGACCCCAUGUGCGAGCGCGACGUCCUGCACUACUUCAAGAACAACAUCUACGUCACCACCAGCGGCCACUUCAGCACUAACACCUUGCGCUUCGUGGCCGAGGAGAUCGGCGUCGACCGCAUCAUGUUCAGCGUCGACUACCCCUACGAGCGGCUGGAGAACGGCUGCGGCUGGUUCGACAACAACUCCGACGAGCUCAAGAAGAUCCUCGGCGGCCGCGAUGGCUACCUGCGUGUCGGCAGGGACAACGCCAAGAACGUGCUCAAGCUCUCCAAGUUCAAGGACUCCGACGCUCCCGUCUGAGCUUGUUUGAUGGAUCAUCAACUGAUUUUGACUGUCUGUGUCGUUGUUUUGCUGGAUUUUUCCUUCUGGGUCUUGGCUUCUUUUCGUGUGUCUUCAUCGUUUCGUUGGUUAAUCUUAG